ACUGCAUUAUGUAGAUACAAUCUGCAAUAACCAUUUAGUCGAUUUUUUUCAAAAGUGAAUAUGUUUAUCUUGAAUUUGCCUAUUUUCAUUGUAUUAAGUUAUAAAAUAUUGUUGACUAUGUUAAAUAAGAAGACACGUGUUGCAGUUAUGUUGUGAUACCGUGUAUACCUGUAGCAAAUAACAAACAAAAAUAUCUGAAUACAAGAUUUUAAGAGAGUUAUACAAACAUUUGAGAUCAUACAUAGGUAGGAUCAUGAAAGCUAUCGGGUGGACUGGUGGGAAGUUGGUUAAUAUUAGUGACCAUGAAGAUUCUGUUGGUGUUCACAGUGAUGUGCUUUUUACACUGCCAUGCAACUUCGCUGGUCCAAACUGAGCAACAGAUGGAGCUCAACAGUCGUCCUAUCGUUGGUAUACUAGCUCAGGAACAGUCUUAUCAACUGAAGGAUAAAUAUCCUGAGAAUUUUACGAGUUACAUUGCUGCUUCGUAUGUGAAAGAUGUAGAGGCGUCGGGAGCAAGGGUGGUGCCAAUAAUGAUCGGAAAAGAUAGAAGUUACUAUGCUGAGCUGAUGAGUAAAAUCAAUGGAGUGUUAUUCCCUGGAGGAGCGACGUACUUCAACCAAUCAGAUGGUUACGCCGACGCGGGCCAGCACAUUUACGAGAUAGCCCAGGAGCUGAAUGACAAUGGCGACUACUUCCCAGUGUUCGGCACGUGUCUUGGGUACGAGCUGCUUAUGAUCCUCGCUUCUGGCAGAAGCGAGGUGGAGAACAGGGCGAAUUGCAGUUCCAAAAGGAAUAUGCCUCUGCAUUUUACGCAUGAUUUCCGCGACAGCAAAAUGUAUAGGAAGGCAGAGGAAGACGUGAUCACGUGGUUGGCCAACGAGAACAUUACAGUUAACUAUCAUCAAUUUUGUAUAUUGGACAAGAAUAUGGAGGCGUACAACCUGACUAAAGACUGGCGCAUUACUUCUCAUUCGGAUGAUGAUAAUGGCCUGGAAUUUAUCGCCUCCGUUGAGCACAGGAGGUAUCCAAUUUACGGAGUCCAGUUCCAUCCUGAGAAAAUUCCGUUCGAGUGGAAUAACCAGUAUCCUCACUCCUACAAAGCGUUGAAGGCGAAUCGCCACUUCAUGGAUUUCUUCGUAUCAGAAUGCCGAAAGAAUCUUCAUGCCUUUGCUACUAAAACUGAAGAAAACCAACAUUUGAUCUAUAACUACCAACCCAGAUUCACAGGGUUGGUCAGCUCUUAUGAACAAUGCUACUUCUUCGAACCAAGGUCGGCUGACGGUUGAAGAAUUUUCGACUGUGAUAUACAAACAAAUUCAACUUGUACGUGUAGUGUAUAGGAAAUUUGCCUAAAUAAAAUAUAUCUUUAACUUUAAUUGUAACUUUAAUUUUAGUUUUAAACACUCGAAUAUGUCUAAUGAAUUCGAAAAUCUUUAUUUAUACUUAGUACAAUAAAUGUUUUUAAAAAAAU